UGUAUGUAGGCAGGCUCGCCUCCUCUGAAUCCAGGCUUUGCCAUCAUCACUCUGUUCUCUUCUGCUUUGCCUCCUUGCAUUUCCAAUCUCAGCCUCUCUCUCUGGAGAGAAUGUGAGCCUAUGUGCCUGUAAUGGAGCCAGCAGCUGACUGGUGUUGCUGCUACUUUCCUGUGCUAAGCUGAUUUACUUGUUUAAGGUCUGACCUCAUCAUCCUGUCAGUAUGGAAUCCCACCUACACAGCAGCAGUAGCAGAGCAUGGGCUGGAGGUGCUUGCAGCAUGCACCAGGCACAGGGACCAGUCUCCAGUCCUUGGCUCCUCAUGCACUGAAGGACUAGCGGGAUCCACUGAUAUCUGCACCUUUCCAGGUUCCACUGGCUUUAUUCACUGCAAAAAAGAAGAAAAUGUCAGUAUCUGGGAAGAAAGAGUUUGAUGUGAAGCAGAUCCUCAGGCUGCGCUGGAGGUGGUUCAGCCACCCCUCACAAGGUUCUCCAGGAUCUGGGGGGUGCCUGCAGCAGGAAGGAUAUGAGCACAGGGGGACUCCGGUUCACAAUAGGCUCAAAAACCACUCACGGGACAGGAAUGGACUAAAGAAGACCAGCAGCCCUGUCCACAACAUCCUGGCACCGGUGCCAGGUCCAACCCCUGUCCACCAUCGGUCCAUCCAGUCCUGGCAACAGCAGAACCUGAUAGAGCACUUGCAAGCCAGUGAGGAAAUCCCCAAAGCCAACAGCACCGAGGAGAAACUGGGGAAAGAAGAGGACAACAGCGUCCAGGAGGUCGCCAUCCCCUCCCAGGAGAGCAGGGAGGAAACCGCCGACAGGCUUCCGGCGGCGAGUGUCUCCCCCAAUAGAAUGAACCCCACUGGUUCUGAUGAAUACUUUCAAAGCUUGAACCAUGCAGAACAGACCUUCCGCAAGAUGGAGAGCUACCUCCAGCAGAAGCAGCUGUGCGACGUCCUCCUGAUCGCCGGAAACUACAAGAUCCCAGCGCACAGGUUGGUUCUCAGCGCAGUUUCAGACUAUUUUGCUGCUAUGUUCACCAAUGAUGUCCGUGAAGCUAAAGAAGAAGAGAUAAAGAUGGAAGGAGUGGACCCCGAUGCCCUUAAAUCCCUCGUACAUUAUGCUUAUACAGGUAUGUUAGAACUCAAGGAAGACACCAUAGAGAGCUUGCUGGCCGCCGCUUGCCUUCUUCAGCUUUCCCAAGUUAUAGAAGUUUGCUGUAACUUUCUUAUGAAGCAGCUUCAUCCCUCUAAUUGCCUGGGCAUUCGGUCAUUUGGGGAUGCACAAGGCUGCGUGGAGCUCCUGCGGGUGGCUCACAGUUACACUAUGGGUGGGACCGCCAUGGGGUCCGAUAUGAUCUCAUUUAGGUCAUUGGUUUGUGGUGCUCAGUGA